AUGAAACGCUCGACUAGUAGUGUCAGACAACAGCCGAGUUUAUGGCUUUUAUUCAUUUUACGUUUAGGAAAAUGUUUUAAACCACGAUAUUUAUCAACUGUAUGUAUUCUUUUUAUUAUUUUAACAUAUUUACGUCUUAUAAGUUAUACGACUUCUAAUCAAUUAAUACUUACAAAAUUUAAACUUAUUAUAAAAGAAGAAAUAAUGAUUAAUAAUUAUGCUCUUUUAAAUCCAUGUAAUUCUAAUGAAAUCAAAACCUUAUUACAGUCUACUUCAUCAUAUAAUAAUAAUAAUAAUAAUAAUGAUGGUCGACCACAACCAACAGUUGAACGAUUGCAUAAACUUUUUCAAAUCCUUAUUUCACAUGAAAAUAAAUAUCGUACAAUAUUUGAUUAUUUAGAUAUAUUUCGUUUUAAUGAUUUUUAUAAUACAUUACGUCCAUUUGCUAAUAAUACUGAACGUUUACAAAAUAUUUAUUGUCUAUUUCGACAAUAUAUUAAUAUAUCUGACAAUGGUCAUAUUGUUAUAAAACAAAAUUUUAUUACUUACUUAAAAUUAGUUUCAAAUUAUUUAUCUGAUGGCUUUAAAAAGCAACACUUAACCUGGAAUAUAACUUCAAAAGAUCAAAUUCAAAAACCAGUUAUUAUUCUUGCAGCUGAUUCACUAUUUUAUGAUACAUUACAAGCAUCAAUGAGUACAAUUAAUAAUUAUUUAAAGGAUUACAUUGUUGCUAUUUAUGAUCUUCAACUUAAUAUAAAACAUUUAAAUAUGAUCAAAGAGAACUGUGAACGAUGUAUAAUUAUUCCAUUUCCAUUUGCUCAAAUUGCACCUAUUGCUCCUCAUGUUCGAAAUCUACGCUACUUUGCUUGGAAACCUAUCGUAAUUCAGGAUGCCGUACGACGUUUUGGUACUAUUAUUUAUGGUGAUACAUCAAUUCGUUAUAAAACAUCAAAUUUCGAUCGUUUACUUAUUGAUAAUAUGAUACGUGGUUUUUCAUGUCGUGAAUUACCUGGACAAUAUUUACCAUGUUUUACUUUAAGUAAAACAUUUUUAUGGUUCAAUGAAACAUUUUCAACAUUUGAGGAUAUUUAUAUUGCUGAAGCAGGUUUUGUUGCUGUAACAGAUAAUUUUCUAUCACGUCUUAUACUUAAAACAUGGGUAACAUGUGCCCUUGACUCAAUGUGUAUAGCACCAUAUGCUUAUAGAACUUACUGUAAACAUGCAAAUGCUUCAACAGAUAUACAUCGUUUUGAUCAAUCAACUUUGGUAACUGCACUAUCAUUUUAUUUUUUUCCAAGUCCACGUCAAAAUAAUAAAACUAAGCCAGCACCAUAUGAUAUGUAUACAUCAAUACAAGAAAACUUAGCAGACGUUAAACGUAAUGCAGGUGUUAAGAAUUAUUUUACUAGUCGAAAAAAUCUUAAUUUGCAACAGAACAGUUCAAAAACAACUGUAAAAAUACAUUGA